AUGGUUUGCGGAGCUUGUAAUAAGUCUACAAAAAACAAGAACGGGACAGAAGACGGUGCAGCUACCAUUACAUGCUCUAAAUGCUCAACAGUAUACCACACGCUUUGCUUGAACAUGACACGGGAGGACCACAAGGUGCUUAGAACAAAACAAAACCAAUAUAUCUGCCCCAUCUGUAAGUUGAAAAGUAAGAGCGUGAAAACAGACAACACCCCAAUUAGAACAAAGCAACAGAGACCUGAGCAGGAAUUGGCCGGCUGCGAUUUUACGUUGUCUGCUCAACAGUUGGCUGCCAUGGAGGUGCCGGCCCAGACAAUGUCUGCGUUCACCAAUGCUGUUGCUGACUUAAAAACCAUUUUCAUUACAAUGAAAAAUGAAAUGAUUGACUUCACUAAGUCGUUAAACUCGACCACGGACGAGAUCGCUGCAUUUCGGCAGGAACUAGCCGACAUAAAAAGUCAAAUGAAGGAAAUGGACAGAUGCAAAGCUGAAGUUAUCGAACUACGCGCCGAAGUGACUGAACUGCGUCAGGUUAUAGCCGCAAAGGAACAACGAAGCUUUCUUAAAGACGUGGAGAUCACUGGAAUUACAGAAAAUAGUACAGAAAACCUGCAACAACUUGUAAGCGUGGUGUCCGCUAGCCUUGGUGUCGAAUUGGACCCCCGUGACAUCGACGACGUCAGGCGUGUAGGACCCCGAGGUGGUGCAAGUGCGUCAGACCGCCCCAGACCCAUUGUAGUCUCAAUGACGCGUCGCGCGCCGCGAGACCAGCUGCUGCGCGCGGCCCGAGUCCGGCGGGGCCUCACUACCGACAAGCUGAACCUUCAGGGCACCCCGCGCCGCGUUUUUCUGAAUGAACAUCUGACGAAAGAAAAUAGAAUACUCUUCAGUAAGGCUAGAAAGCUGGGCAAUGAACUACGUUUUAAAUUUGUCUGGACGUCAAACGGCAAUAUCUUCAUGCGUCGCACCGAGACAAGCUCUGUUCUCCACGUUACAUCUUUAGCGGUCCUGGAGAAACUAGAGGUCCAGAACAGACCCUCCUUAGCCCCUAUGGAGCCUCUAAACUGUUCCUAA